AUGUGUGAUCUGAUAGAUUUAAAUAGCCCCGUCAGAAAGGGCUUAUUGAGUUCCCAACUUGCGUCACCUUUAAUACCAGUUCCUACAGAUACAGCAUGCAAUAAUUGCAAUAAUCAUAUCAAUGAACCAAACUCUCUAGUAAUAGGCAAACGCAAUAGCUUGGAGAAUAAUCCCUUUGAUAUGGUACUACAUAAGACUACAGAAUAUAUUCAAAAAAAGCAUGAUCCAUUUGAGGUGACUUUAAAGAAAGCGUUGAAGCCAAAAUAUAAAAAGAACACUCCAAUAAGAAACUGUUCUUUUGAUUUUAAAGAUGAUUAUAGUCUUAAACAAAAAAGAUAUCCUCAGAAGUUGAAAAUGAACAGGACAUUAGAUGAAUCCUUAAUUAAUAAAGAAUUGACACAGAGAAAUCUAUCUACUAAUAAAAGAGUCAAUGAAAGUGUAAAAUUUGACUUGAAUAAAACUAAUUUCUUGAGAGAUGAUUUGAAAUCUGAUAGUAAUAACUCAUCAUUCUCAAAGAAUACUAACAAUAUAUGUGAUAUUGAUAUUCAAGUCAAUGAUUUGUCUAUUCUAAAUCAGUCUGUAAUGAAUGAUACAUUAUUUGAGACAGAUACAGAAUUAAAUAAAGAACGAAUGAAAUCCAUUUCACAAAAUGAGACAUCAAUAUGUAUAGAGAAAGAUAAAGAUAAUAUUAAUUUAAUUCCAUCAUCUACCACAUUUUUAGGAAUACCAAAAUUUCAACGUUCUUUGUCGGAAACAAAAGAUGAAUUGUCAAAAAAAUCAAAAAAUUUAAAAGAACUGUCAUUAGUAGAACCUUUAAGAAUUAAUUCUAGAAGUAGAAGCAGUGUAUCUUCUUUAUAUUCACUUGACCUAUUAAAUGAAGGAUUCUUAAGUAGCAGGAGUUCUGUAUUUUCUAGUUUAUCAAAUGUUUCUUCCAUACAUAGAAUAAAUUCUGUUUCUUCUACAAGUCAUCCAUCAAUUAUGUUAUCAGAUGGUACUAUUAAUCGAACAUUUUUAGAAAGUUGUUCGUCUGAAAAAUCAGAUCUUAGCAGAUUAACAGAGCAGAUGGAUUUUACAAAGGAAACAAAGUCAGUGUUACCAACAUCAAGGCAUUCAAUAACAUCAGUUACAAAUGUCUUGAAUAAAGAUCAAUCUUCAAUAUCUGAUUUAACAAAUCGAUUUAAUGAAUUAAAAAUGAAAACUUUAGAACUUAGCCUUGAAAAUUCUGCAAAGGAAAAAAAUAAAACCACAUCUGUCUUUUCUGAUGAUAUCAACACAUGUGUAUCUGUAACAAAAAGAAGUGAAGAAUGUCAUACAAAUGAUAAACUAAUAGAUGUUGAUGUAUUUACGCCAGAUAUGAAUUGUAGUAAAGAAUACUGUACAACGUCUAUUUCGGACACCUCAUCAGAUUCAGUAUUUACUGAAGGAAAUACAAUUAAUAAGUCGAUACUUCAUGAAGCAAAAGUUCUUUCAAAAACUUUUAAAGAAUUGGCUUUAAAAUCAAGUUUGGAAUCAAGUAUUGAUGAUUUAAUGUCAAACAAUUUAUCAUGGACAUCAGAGUUAUUGCCAGCGUUUGAUGAUGAAGUUGAUAAUUUAAUUGAAUUACCCACGUCUCCGAAUGAAAAUAAUCUAAAUUCAAAAAAUAAAAUAGUUACGGAGCAUAUACACAAUGAUUCAUAUGCAAACAAAAAUGAAGAGCUUGUUAUUAAUACAGUGAAAGAAAAAAUAAAAGAUUUGGAAACAGAACUUAUUGAUCCGAUAUCAAUAGAUAAACGUAUUACAACUGCAACACUUUUAUUGGAUCUCAAGAAAUUAAUUACAAUAGAAAAUAAUAUAGAAGCAAAUAAACUACUAGAAAAUUUGGAAAAAGUAUUAGGUAUUAAUUGGGAAAAUAAUACUGAAUUAUUGACUACUUACCUCAGUCCAACCAAUAAUCUAUCAAAAAGUCCACAAAAAUCAAACAAUUCCUUAGAAAUAAAAAACGUAACAGAAAACAAUAUGGAGUUCAGUCAAGAAGAUAAUUUAACUAAUGGUUUGCCAAAUGACAUUAAAGGAUCAGGAAUUUGUUCAAAUAUGAACUUCAAUGAUUCGAACAAUAAGUAUUCUGCUAAUAAUAAAGAAUGCCUUAAAGAAAUAAAUAGUAACGGUACUGAAAAUAUAAAGAAAGAAACGGACGAAAAUGAUCUGGAUAUUCAAAACACGUGUAAAAAACACUCUUCUUGUAAAACAAAUGAUAAUAAUUGUUUAAACGAAAAAGUUGCAAUAGAACUUCUUACAAACAUAGGAAAAUUAUUAACUGAGCAGACUGAAGAACAUUCAACUUUGAAUUUACUUAAAAAUUUAGGAAAAGUAUUAAAUUUUGCUUCGAAUAAUUGUAAUGUGAAUGAAAAUACAAAAAGUGAUAAUAAUGGUAUAGAAGCCCAACAAACUUCAAAAAAAUCUAAAGCAAAAUUUGAAAAUAAAACACAAACUUCAAUAAAAACAAAAUCAGUUAACAAAUUGAGUUUGAGUACAAUAAGUACAGUUAAAACUAAAUUUAAAACAAAAGUUGGUGGAGAUAUUCCUCAUAAAAAGGGACCACUGAAAGCUGUUUUGCCUAUAGGAAAUAUGCAGAAAAAAGAUACCAUUAAUAAAAAAGCAAUUCCAACCACCAGCUCUGUAACGCCGCCUAAGUCGCACAAAAUUAUUAGUAGUACACCCAAUUCAACAGAUAAUAUUGCAAAAAACAAAUACACUGUGAACAAAUCUUCGCAAUCUUCAAAACCAGUGGCAUCAUCUACUCCAGAUUCUUUGAAUUUUAAAACUUGUAAAAUACAAUCACAAAUAAGUAACUAUUCAAGGAAGCGUAAUAUUUCUUGUGAUAUUUCGCCAGUAACUACACGCAGAAAUGUUAGUAAUAGCAAUGGAGUAAAUAAUAGUCCAAAAAGAAUUAGUAAAUUACAAUCUCCGAAGAAAACAACACCUAAACGACGCUCAUCGAAUUCUAGCAUUCCAAAAUCUCAGACUCCUCCUGUGAGUAAGAGAUUAAACUCUUCAUUAGAUGUUAAUCAUUACGAGCGAUUAUCUGAAUUGCCACAGCAAUCGUAUAAAUUAUCAAAUUCUCAAAAGAAUUCGCCGGUUUCUUUGAAAAAUACUGGCUGCAAUAUGCAACAGAGUCCUCUGAGAAACAGUAAUAAGAUUAUGCACAAAGUGAAGCCGAUCAAUUUGAUCUCAAAACUUCGACGGCACAGUGUUGGUACCAAUGUAAUGGAGAAAGAAAACAAUUAUAUUAAUUAUUAAUCUAUAAAAGGAAUUAUUUUAUAAUCAAUUGUGGUUGUG